UUCUUUCCUUCCUUCCUCCCAGAGUCCAGUAUAAAGGGCCAAGUGCAAAAUCAGGUGGCAGACAACUGACUCAAAUUCUGAGAUGUCUGCUGCUGCUCAACCUCCCACAAUUCCUCUCAUCACUCCCUACAAAUUGGGAAACUUCAAUCUUUCUCAUAGAAUUGUUUUAGCACCAUUGACCAGACGGAGAUCAUACAACAAUGUUCCUCAACCACAUGCUAUCUUAUAUUACUCUCAGAGAACGUCGAACGGGGGUCUUCUCAUAGCUGAAGCCACUGGAGUUUCAGACACAGCUCAAGGGUACCCGCACACACCUGGUAUAUGGACAAAGGAGCAAGUUGAAGCCUGGAAACCCAUUGUUGAUGCUGUUCAUGCUAAAGGUGGCGUCUUCUUCUGUCAGAUUUGGCAUGUUGGAAGGGUUUCUAAUAGCGGUUAUCAACCAAAUGGGCAAGCUCCAAUAUCUUCUACUGACAAGCCGAUACGAUUAAAUGGCACUGAUGCUUCUGAAUUCACGCCUCCAAGACGAUUAAGGACAGAUGAAAUUCCACAAAUUGUCAAUGAUUUUAGACUUGCUGCAAGGAAUGCUAUUGAAGCUGGCUUCGACGGAGUUGAAAUUCAUGGAGCGCAUGGCUACCUUCUUGAUCAGUUUCUGAAAGAUCAUGUGAAUGAUCGAACAGACCAAUAUGGUGGAUCUAUAGAGAAUCGUUGCCGCCUUCCUCUGGAAGUUGUUGAAGCCGUCGUUAACGAAAUAGGAGCAGAUAAAGUUGGAAUUAGAUUAUGUCCAUUUGCUGACUAUAUGGACUCAGGGGAUUCAAAUCCAAAAGAAUUAGGCGUCUAUAUGGCCAAUGCCUUGAACAAAUAUGGAAUCAUGUACUGCCACCUCAUGGUCGAGCCAAGGAUGAGUACAGUUGGAGAAAUAGCUGAAACCCGCCAGAGUCUUCUUCCUAUGAGAAAGGCUUUCCAUGGUAACUUCAUUGCUGGUGGCGGUUAUGACAGGGAAGAUGGAAACAAUGCUGUGGCCGAGGGCUGUGCAGAUCUUAUUGCUUAUGGCCGUAUUUUCUUGGCGAAUCCGGAUUUGCCAAAGAGAUUUGAACUUAAUGCUCCUCUAAACAAGUACAACAGAGAGACAUUCUACACACCUGAUCCCGUCAUUGGUUACACUGAUUAUCCAUUUCUUGAAGCCACCACCUAAGUUUACCGCAAAGAUGGAAGCUUGAACACUAGGGCUCCUUUGAUUCAUCCGAUUGAGUCUGUACUAUCUUUGGAUUGUUUUCAACUAUAUUGUAUUGUACUGUUGUAUCUUAGAGGCUGGAAAAGUUGUACUCUCUGUUCGGUGUUGUACCAUAUAAUGGCCGGAAUGAAUAAGUAACAUUUGUGAAAGAGGAAACUCAAUUCUUAUCCCUAUAUAUGUCAUUCAAUUGAGGCGUUUAUUGAGGAUCAACUCGUUUCCUUUAGAUGUUCUCACUGCAUGGCUUUUUUUAUUCUCUGAGCGAAGGCUGUUUUAGAAUCUCUUUGUAAUAUAUGGCCUCGUUUCGUCUCUAGGUUUAGAUUGGAACUAGAAAAUAAGUCCACACGUUGCGGCGGGAACAACUGUUUCAUGCGCAACUGCAUGAAUAAGACACAUUUAGCCUAAAUAAAUUUAACACAGUCAUGAAUGAACAGAGCAACUCAUGAGUGAAUGAGGUCGAUAAGAUAAGCAAAACUUAUGUAAUCAUGUUAACUAAAAACUGAGAAAUGACUUUCUUUCCUGCAUAAAAAUUCACUAAAGAAACAGAACUUACGUAAUCAUGUUAGCUACAAACUGCACUACAAAAAAUUUGAAGUAUUUCCAAAUAUGUUGAAAUCUAAAAGCAAAAAGAUGAUAAUUCUUCUGACUGCAUAAGAUUAUACAAUAAACAUAAGAUGGUGUGAUCUCAUAAAACUCAGUAUUUAGGAGAAAGGAAGAUAUAAACAUACGCAAUCCACUUUCAGACUUGCCAAAUAGGUCUCAUAAAACUCAGUAUUUAGGAGAAAAGAAGCCAAUCUUGCCAAAUAGAUCUCAUAAAACUCAGUAUUCUAAUCCGUUUUCAGACUUGCCAAAUGUAAUCUCAUAAAACUUAGUAUUUAGGAGAAAGGAAGAUAGUCUUGAAACAUAAACUUAACCAUCAAAUUCAGUUCUUAAAACCAAAAGAAAAGAUUAUGGUUUCUUGGUUGCUUACCCAAAUCCACCAAUUGAAUCAAAUUUCUGCAGAACACUUUAGAUGAAGUUGUGAGGAUGGGUGGUGAUGAAAUUGAAGAAACAGCCAAAUUCCAAACAAAUAAACAGAAAUUAACACUCAUAAAAGUGUUUCAGAAUCCACAAAUUUAAACGAAAAACUAUAUAAAAUCAUGAAAAAUUUAAUAAAACCCAAUUACACGAAUCACUCUUCCCGAAAACAGGACAUUUAAUGCAGAAAGCUCAAACUAUAAUAAUUGAUGAACCAAAUAUUUUCAAUUGAAUUUAUCCUUUCAAUUGGUAGGUAUUUUUGUUUAUCCUCGUAUCUUUCAAUUGCCACCCAAAACUAACAUCUCAGAGAGCCUUGCACUUCUUAUCUUUAAAAGCAUGAAUGGUGAACUAAAUAAAAAAUAAGAAUCUGCAAUGAACGAAAUAAAAAUAGACUUUACAAACAUUAUUCGCACAAAAAUUAAAACUGUAUUGAGAAACUCACCAUCCCAUUUCUAAUGAAUGAUGUAUGACGAUAAAACCAAUUGGUGGGUGCAUUGAAAUAUAUUGACAGGCCCAUUAAAGGCACGAACAUCGUCAAGUAUACCUUGGGGCGGAAUUGGAACGAUCAUUAUCAAGUCUUCAUCUCUGACACUAGGAGCACUCAGCAUCUCAGAAUUCCUCAUCUACCAUCAUAUAGCAGCUGCUGCCGCUGAAGCAGCACCCAUGUCUGCUUAUACGCAUCGAAAAACAUACCACGCAUUCGCUAUACAUUUCUCUAUUAAUUAAUCAGCUAACUGAAUUUAAAAUUAGCUUCCAAACCGAAAAAGUUCUAUAACUUUUAAUUUUGCAAUCACAUUUAGUUCUUCAUCUCUUACUCUAAAUCCCAAUUACAGAAAUAUCUAAACUUUACUUCAAUUUAAUAUUGUUUUCCCCAAAAACAGCACAAUCCCACAAAAAUAAAGUAAAAAAAAAAAAAAAAAAAAAAAAAAAAA